UCAAAAUGGAAGUGUAUGAAAAUUAAGAUAGCAGGCAUUUGUUUUUAAAAAUUAACAAUGUUAAAUGACACUGAAGUAACAUAGCAUAUAAAUAAUUUUGCAGCAAACGUAGUAGAUUGUGUUGUUUAAGUUGAAAAGACAUAUUUAUUUUUGCGAAAUGGCUGAAGACUAUGAUACAGCUUGUAAGACUGUAUUUGUAGAGGACUGGCUAUGUAGUAGUAAUAUUUUAGGCGAAGGGGCUUAUGGAGAAGUGAAAUUGUUAGAGCAUAGAAGGACCAAAGAGAAAAUAGCCUGUAAAAUGAUUGAUCACAGUAAAUAUAAAGACGCCGCAGCAAAUAUAAAUAGAGAAGUUAGUAUUCAUAAAUUAUUAGACCACCAGAAUAUUAUUAAAUUCUUUGGUAGACGAGAAGAACCAAAUAGGGAAUAUAUAUUCCUGGAGUUUGCUGCUGGUGGAGAACUGUUCCAGUUAAUAGAACCUGAUGUAGGUAUGCCUGUGGCCAAAGCUCAAUUAUACAUGAAGCAACUCUUUUCUGGUAUUGAAUACAUACAUAGCAAAGGAAUCGCUCAUCGAGAUAUUAAACCAGAGAACAUUUUGAUAAGUGCUGAAGGUGUGCUGAAGAUCAGUGACUUUGGACUGGCAACUUUAUUCAGAUUUAGAGGAAAAGAAAGACUGUUGGACAAGAAGUGUGGAACAAAACCUUACAUGGCUCCAGAAGUGCUAACUCGUCCCUACAAAGCUCAACCAGCAGAUAUAUGGAGCUGUGGCAUAGUAUUUGUAGCAUUGUUGACAGGAGAACUACCAUGGGGUAGCACUUAUAAUGACAAUCCAGAAUUUAUAAUGUGGAAAACAAAUAACUAUAUAUUAACCACUCCAUGGUCAAAGCUUGGAAACACUGCCCUAAGUUUAGCAAAACAAAUAUUACAUGUAGAAUCAAAGAAACGUUUCACACUGCAUCAGAUAUUAAACCAUCAUUGGAUGAAGUUCAACUUCUCUACUGGCAGUUCUAUUGACACUGUUGAUGAUAGUACAUCAACACAAUCAGCCAAACGUUGCAAUUCUUUAAUCGCAGCUGAAAUAAAUAAUGCUAGAGACGUGCCUGUUGUUACAUUAUCUCAACCUAAUAUGAUAUACCGCCACAAUGCUAUUAUGAAAGCUCUUGACAACAUCAAAACUUCUGGAAAAGAUCUUAUAUCAUUCUCUCAACCAAUUAAGAAUGAUAAUCUAGUUAUCCAGUUUACUCAGACCCCUAUUACUAAGGAUAACUUUGAGAAUCUCAUUGUCAAGAGGAUGACCAGGUUCUACAUAACUAACAGUAAAGAGAAAACAUUGGAGAAUCUUUGUUCUGUUUUGGAUACAUUCCACUUGUGCUGGAAUAUUGAUAUUAAUGGAGCUGUUUCGAUAUCCACAUGGGAUGCUGUGAAGAAUCAGUUGCUGUUUAAAAUUACUUUGAUAGAGAUAGAUGGAAAAGUUCUCUUAGAUUUUAGACUAUCCAAAGGCUGUGGUUUGCAAUUCAAGAAGAUAUUCUUAAAAUUGAAAGAAGCUAUGGUUGCUAUAUAAAUUGUUAUUUGACUGAACCAUGACGAAUUUAACCAGUAUUUGUUGUUAGUAUAUAAUAGUUAUUUUUGAUACAGUAUGUAAGUUUGUUUUAAAUAUUGAUAGAAUUAUUAAUAGGAGUAUUUGUUUCUGACAUUGUUUAAUUUGUUCGUUUGUUGUAAGUAAUAAAGCAAUAUAUUUUUC